UGUCAACCAUCUUGGUUCAUACGCCCGGCGUAGUGGCACGUUCUGUGUGUGUACAUGGUGAGGAACCGUAUGCUGCUCACCCUUCUGCAGGGGACUUGCGUGUAGCACACUAUAUCUUGUUUUACCCUGUGUGGUGUAAUUUAAGAGUAAUGGCUGAACCAGUCACUGAAAUGUGUGAUCAGCUAAUUAAAGCUGUUAACGUUAUGAUGGAUCCUGAAUCGAGCCAACGAUAUCGCUUGGAGGCCCUAAAGUUCUGUGAAGAGUUUAAGGAAAAAUGUCCCUUUUGUGUCCAAUGCGGUCUUCAGUUGUCAGAUAGGACACAAAAUCCUGUGAUAAGGCAUUUUGGUCUUCAGAUUUUGGAACAUGUCAUCAAGUUCCGAUGGAACAAUAUGUCACCCCAGGAGAAAGUUCACUUAAAAAAUUGUGCCAUGGAGCUCUUAUCAAAGGGAACAUAUCCUAUCUUGAUGGAGGAAAGUCACAUUAAGGAUGCCUUGUCUCGCAUUAUUGUUGAGAUGAUCAAGAGAGAGUGGCCACAGAAUUGGCCAGACAUGCUGAAAGAACUGGAGACGCUUACUACUUUGGGAGAAGCUCAGGCAGAGCUGGUGAUGCUGAUUCUUUUACGAUUAGCCGAGGACGUGAUAACGUUUCAGACACUGCCCACACAGAGGCGGAGGGAUAUCCAGCAAACCCUAACCCAGAAUAUGGAUGGCAUCUUCAGUUUCCUGCUCACUGUCCUGCAGCUCAAUGUGGACAACUACCGCAAAUUGAAAUGUGUUGCUGGUGAAGAGGAAAAGGCUAAGGCUCACUGUCGAGUGGGUGUGGCUACUCUAAACACACUGGCUGGCUACAUAGAUUGGGUGUCAAUGGUGCACAUCACUAAUGGGAACUGCCGUCUCCUGGAGGUGUUGUGCCUGCUGCUAAGUGAGACAGAGCUGCAGUUGGAAGCAGCAGAGUGUCUACUCAUUGCCAUCAGCAGAAAGGGGAAACUGGAGGAUCGGAAACCUCUCAUGGUGCUAUUUGAUGAUGUCGCCAUGCACUACAUCCUCUCUGCAGCGCAGUCCGCAGAUGGGGCAGCUAUCAGCAACAAAUCCUCUACAAUAACCGAUAAGACAGCUGUGGUUGUGGAGAGGCAUUACACUUUCCUGAAAAGGCUGUGUCAGGUGCUCUCAGCUUUAGGGAGCCAACUAUGUUCACUUGUGGGUUCUGCUGCAGAAGUUGACGUGCCACGGAAUCUGAAUAAAUACAUAGAGGCUUUUUUAGCCUUCACUACCCAUCCCAGUCAGUUUCUGAAAUCUUCUACCCAGAUUACCUGGGGAACCUUGUUUAGACACGAGGUCCUUUCAAAGGACCCUGUUGUUAUCCAAAUGGCUGUAAAGUACUUGAGGGAGACUAUGAAAAACCUUGUCAAGACAGGGUUCCCCUCCAAAAAUGACAGUCCCAGCUGUGAGUACUCCCGAGGAGACUUUGACAGUGAUGAAGACUUCAACUCUUUCUUCAACUCUUUUAGGGCUCAACAGGGUGAGGUGGUUCGUUUGGCAUGUCGAAUUGUUCCCGAGGAGGCAUUUCUGAUCACCAGUGAAUGGUUGCAAUACCAGAUUAUGAGUCCCAUCAACACUGGAAAUACAACAUCCAAGAUAGGGGAAGGGCUGUGCUCCAUUCUCUCUCCUUCUGCAGUGCAAUGGGAUGCAAUGACCUUCUUCACUGAGAGUGUGGUGGGUCAGCUUUUCAAAAUUCUGGAGAAACAGAGACUUCCUAUUGAACAAGGCGUUGAGCUGCUACAGAUGGUCCUGUCUUAUGACACAAGAGACCCCCUCAUUUUGUCCUGUGUCCUCACCAAUGUUUCCUCACUCUUCCCAUAUGCCACACACAAGCCACAGCUUCUUCCUCAGGUGCUUUCUAAGCUGUUUGCCGCCAUCACAUUUGAAGUGGUAGAAGAAAACAAGGCACCCCGCACACGAGCUGUGAAGAAUGUUAGAAGACAUGCCUGUUCUUCCAUUGUCAAGAUGUGUCGGGACUAUCCACAGUUCAUCCUGCCAUGCUUUGACAUGCUCUAUACACAUGUGAAGAAGCUGUUUGCCAAUGAUCUGUUGCUGACUCAGAUGGAGAAAUGUGCUCUGAUGGAAGCACUGGUUCUGAUCAGUAACCAAUUUAAAGACUAUAGUAAACAGGAGGCUUUUCUGGAGGAGCUCAUGGCUCCGGUCAGAACUCAUUGGCUCUCCAAGGAGAUGACGAGUGUUUUGUGGGACCCAGCUCUAUUUCUGGCUCAUGUCGGUGCUGAUCAGGUCAUCAGUGACCCCAGCACUGAGGAUCAGUUUGGCAUCAGUCGCUCACGGAUUAGUUUUUGUGUAUAUACGCUGAUGGGUGUGGUAAAGCGUGCCCGCUGGCCAUCUGAUCCACAAGAAGCGCACUCAGGGGGGUUUGUGAUGAGUCAAACCGCUAAUGGAGACCCUAUCUUCAGGAAUCCUUGCGCCACUCAGGUCUUGGCCCUUUUGCCCAAUCUCCUAGGCCUCAUCAGGACCCAUAACAGCUUGUUCUUACCAGAAAACAUGGCUCGCCUCAGUGAGACUUUCAUUAGAGCACAUGAGGUCAUGGAUGUGGAAAAAAAUUUAGUACUGGGCCUGCCGCAACCUGUGCUCGAUGUCUAUGACUCCCCUGCAUACAAAACAGCUCUGGAGCGCAUGCAAGGCUUCUUUUGUACCCUUUAUGACAAUUGUUUUCAUGUGCUGGGGAGCCUGGGUCCCUCCCUUGUGCAGGACUUCUAUACCAUUGAUGGGCUGACCCAUCAGAUCACCAACUCUGUUCUCAGCAAUUUAGACAAUGUUCCAGACCACAGACUUCGCCCUUUGCUAAGGGUGUUCAUGAAGCAGCUGGUCCUUUCCUGUCCUCAAGAUUAUUAUGAGAGCCUACUCUGCCCCCUGCUAGGACCUCUAUUUGUGUACAUGCUGCAGAGACUUACCUUGAGAUGGCAGAUCAUCAACCAACGGAGUAGUCUGGGUGGUGCAGAAGAGGAGAGUCUGAUUUUGGAGGAGACACAGGUAACUCAAGAGAUGUUGGAGGAACAGCUGGUGCGUAUUGUGACCAGGGAGCUCCUAGAUCUACUCAUUGUUUCAUGUAUAUCAAGGAAAGCACCUGAGGCUAUAGGAAGCAAAGAGGAGACGGCAGACAUAAACGGAGAAGAGAUGAUGGCAACAGACUCCUCUCAGGGUGUCCAGCUAAGUUCUGCUAACUCUGCAGAUGAACUUACUGAUCUUGGGAAGUGCUUGCUUAAACAUGAGGAAAUAUACAUGAAUCUUCUGACCAUUGCCUUCACGUCUCUGUCUUGGAAAGACACAAGCAUCUGCCACCGCACUGCCUCUUUGGUUUGCUGGACUCUCCUCAGACAGGUGGUGGGGAGGGACCUCUUACCAGAGGCAGUGACAUGGCUGUAUGUCAGUGUGCUGAAAGGACUACAGAUUCACGGACAACAUGAGGGCUCUAAUGCCACCCUUACACAGCUUGCACUACUUAUGUAUGAGAACCUGAGACCACGCUAUUUGGAGCUGCGGGCAGUCAUGACUCAGAUCCCCAACAUCCAGCUGGAGGCUUUGGACCAGUUUGACCAGAGGAUUCUGAACCCUGCUGCUAAUAAGGUUACUGAAAAGAAGAGGAAAGAACAGUUCAAGAAGCUUAUCGCUGGUUCUAUUGGGAAACCUUUGGGCCAGCAGUUUAAAAAGGAGGUGCACAUUCGGAACCUUCCAUCUCUCUUCAAAGUGGGAAAGGCUGACUCAAAGAGAGACCUGCUAGAGAGUAAUGAGACCACAGGCCUGACUGCACUCUUUUGCCCUCAGCCAGAUGGUAUCUGAGGAUCCAGAUGUCAUUUUUGCAGAUAUCAUAUAGCCAAACUGUCACAAGACUCUUCAUCCAGUCCUCACUGGUCAAUGGUCUUUGGAAGGCAUAGUCUCACAAAGUAGUAGAUUCAUUGACCAAUGACCUAUUCACCAUUAACAAAACAUUUUGCAGCUCAAAGUCCCAAAAGGUUGAGCUGAAGAUGUGGCUGGAGUAAAGUCCAAAUGGUCUUCAGUAGGAAACCUUUUAGUUCUCGAAGAUCCUACAUGAAAUUCACCAUUGUCCGAUGCGUCUUGAAAGGUUGAAAAAAUAAUCUGCACUACAUUCCUUGUUUUCCUUUAACAUAUCACUGAUCUUGCCAUAUUUCCUCUUUAUUACAUUCAUGAAGAUUGCAAAGAUUGUUGAUGUACAGUAAAAACUGUUUAUAUUUUGUUUUUAAUAAAUGUAGAGUUUAUGGUCAUUUUGAUUAUAUGUCAA